UUCGCCGUAGGCAGGUUAUCGUCUGCAGCGGUGUUGCGCUAAAACAAAGCAAAUCGCCCACGAACAUAUUCCGUAGAAGCUCGCGAUGACUCGCCAAAAUAAAACGUACACUAGGACUUUAUCUGAAUUCUUCAUUUACCGACUUCGAUGACGCAGGCAGGUGGACAAUCAGAGGGGAAUUGUGCAAAGAAUUUCACUUGACUACGGUUGCACGGCGCGACCGAUGCUCCGUCCAAGGCGCUGAAAUCAAUUGCAUUCCUGUCGCAAACCACUAUCAUCGACGUUUCUGAACGUGGCACCGUGCCUGACGAUAACACGAGACAACAGGAGGCAGACGAGCAGAGCGCCCGUGUAAUACAUGAGAUUUCACAUCGAGGGAUCUUUGAAAGGAUGGGGAUAUUUUUCGUGCGCGCAGCUUUGCACGUACUGAGCUGUUUCAGCGUUUCUCGGGUUGUAGCCGACAGCUUAGGUCCCCCUGUAAAUGUGUCCAUCAGAGACCUGAAGGCGAACUCAGCUGUAGUGACAUGGGACAUUCCAGAUGCAGAGCCUGUCAUUGGAUUUGCCAUCACCCAACAGAAGAAGGAUGUGCGCAUGCUACGCUUCAUACAGGAAGUAAACACGACAACUCGGAGCUGUGUGCUCUGGGACUUGGAAGCAGAUACAGACUACAUUGUGCACGUGCAGUCGGUCAGUGUCGACGGAACCAGUCCUCCCAGCGACCCGCUACGCUUCAGAACCGCAAAGGAAGCCGAGAGACAGGCCUCUAAGAGUAAAGACGAAGUCACCAUGGAGGAAGUGGGCCAAACCACUCAGCUCAGGGCAGGGGAGCUCAUCAUCAUUGUUGUGGUGCUAAUAAUGUGGGCAGGCGUGAUUGCCCUCUUCUGCCGGCAGUAUGACAUCAUCAAAGACAACGAGCCUAACAAUAACAAAGACAAAGCAAAGAACUCGUCGGAGUGCAGUACCCCUGAGCACCCAACAGGGGGCCUGCUGAGGAGCAAAGUAUAACCGCACCUCCUGCUCCCUCUCGAGAGCUCAGAAGACGUCGAGCAGGUGAACUGCGUCUUGCCGUCUACUUCAUUAAGCCUCAGUCACACUGGACUCUCUCCAUUCUCAUCGCAUAGCUCAAAACCGAGUUAAACUAAACCAGGUAAGCAUGCGCAAAUAGAGUGCGCCAAGAGCAUCACAGAGUUAAAGACACUCGAGCAAAGUCAACAACGUUUUAGCACACCAUCGAACAAUCCAUUUCACUAAAGCCAUGUUCAUUCCAAUGUAUGCUAUCAGCACAACUACUAUUUGAUAGUUCUCAUUAACAGCUCAUUACACUUAAGGGCAUUUUGCUGUUCGAAGGGUUUCAAAUCACCAUUAACUGACUUAAUAACAUUUAUUGCAGAGCCAAGGCGGGUAGUACUCCCCAAACAAAACUGCAAUGAAACCUGUUCUCCAUAAUCUAUGUCAUCAUCCAUCCAUAGUCCUGCCGCUCAUUCCCCAGGUCUCUAUGUCUACUCUCUCCGUCUAUCUUCUUCUCUUUGCAUUUGUCAUGACACAGUUCUCCAAGAACAACAGUAGGAAGAACUGGACAUCCUUUAUGACCAUUAUCGUGCCAGGACACCUUUUUUUUGUUUUGUUUUUGAACAGCAUUUGAAACAUAAUCACAGCACACACUGUGCUGCAGCACAUCCACUUUGGUAGGACGAGCUAAGUCGCCGUGAUGAUCGACUCGGAUUGAGUCAGCCUCUCGAAGAGGGGCCUGGCUUGCAUCUGAGCCCAGAGGAACUGACCGCGGGCCGGGCUGUUGUGGCAGGCAGCGGAGAGGAGACGCCACACCCUGCUCCAGGGCCCUGGGAGAUGAAGUCAGGGUGACAGCUGGCUGAGCAGAGGGGUGAUUAACUCUGUCAGGGAGCCACAAAAUAAAACUCAGAGCAAACAGGCAUUUUUACUUCUGCUCAAUAUACAGCCUGAAGAUUUUGGCGUCGUAUUAAUGGGCAUGGGUGAGGAAACACUGAAGCCUUCCAAAACCUAAAUCUACUUCUUGUUCACUCAUUGCUUUUGCUCCUUUAUGCCCAUGCACCCUUUAAUGUGAUUUUCCAAUGACUUUCUACAGUUGUGCUCAACGUUUUUCAGCUGUUCAUAUUCAUUGUUUGAUUAUAUACCGUUCGUGAUCAUAUUCUUUUGAGGGCUAUUGAUGGUGCUGCACAAUCAGCAUUUUCUAAUUACAAGACACCUGAGAGGUUUGAAAAAAUAGGACAUAACCUUUUUUAAGGGCCAUUCUUCACCUAAAAGCUAAUUUUGAUGCCCACUUUUUGUGUCUGUUUUUACUGAUGUACAUAUGUUUUAUCAAUUUAUGUAAAUGUUAGUUAUGUAAUUGAAGCAUCCAUUUUAUGCUUAAGGCUUUUUUUUGGUUGUUGCUGUGGUUUUUGUGCUGUAAAGAGUGAGCUAACGAUCUUUUCCCCCCUUAUCACUGCUUUUUUGUCUUUUCAUAAAUGUUCGUGCAUUAUAGAGCCCGGUUUAAGUAACGUUGAUGGGUUUGUAUAAAGUGAUGCACUGUCCCCUGUUUGUUCCUUGUUUCUAAAUUACUAUGGACAAAUAUCACAGGAUAUAUAAAUAGCCAAUUGAGCAUUUUGCAAGAUGCCCUGAAUACUGAUCACUACAUAUUAUUAAAUUUCACAGCCUGGGAAGUUUUGUAAACCCUAAACCUUUUUUUUUUUUCUUCAAAUUUGAAUGCUUGUUCAUUCUCAGGGACAGGAAAAUUUUGUCCAGAGAAUUGGUGACUAAUUUUAGAAAGAUUAAAGUGAGCUUGCACAGUAUAAGGGAGAGGGCAGGAGAAGAGAGGUCACAGAUUGGUGCAGAAUAACAGGACUCUUGGAUCCUGUCUGAAAAGGAAUAUUUGUUUUCUGUUCUGCAUCCCAAAUUUCUUGUUUAUUAACUACUGUCAUAUCAAUAGUGUGAUAUCUUUCUCUUUGACUGUAACUAUUUGCUCAUAGUCAGUUACUCUUGAUACUAUUCCUAAUUAGAUGUAAUUUCAGUACUUUGACACUACUCAUAGUUAGAUGUCAUUUCAGUAGUUUCACCCUACUCCUAGUUAGAUGUCAUUUCAGUAGUUUCACUCUACUCCUAGUUAGAUGUCAUUUCAGUAGUUUCACCCUACUCCUAGUUAGAUGUCAUUUCAAUAGUUUCACCCUACUCCUAGUUAGAUGUCAUUUCAAUAGUUUCACCCUACUCCUAGUUAGAUGUCAUUUCAAUAGUUUCACCCUACUCCUAGUUAGAUGUCAUUUCAGUAGUUUCACCCUACUCCUAGUUAGAUGUCAUUUCAGUUGUUUCACCCUACUCCUAGUUAGAUGUUUCUAGGGGCUAGUUAAAUGUGGUAUCAGGUUUUUUGAAAACUGAGCAUCAAUGAAAGUUUUACGUUUUAUCGUCUCUUGACGGAAUACUUUUUUUUUUUUUUUUUUUUUUAAGCAAAAGACCUGUGUAACCUGACACUAAAUAAAGGACACUGUUUACCAGUGCAAAGACAAGGAACAAAUACCUGAUGUCAUAGGAGUAUGCCAGAAGAAAAACAUUGCUCACAUGGAAGCCAGAGCAGAAGGACACGUCUCUGAAAGGACAUACCCUCGUACAUGUUCGCAAUGGUAGCGUCUCCUUUGGGGAGAACAGACUUCUUCUCUAAACAAGGGCUGAAACGGUUUCACAUCAGCAAUAACCCGGCAGUUCUGAUGCCCAGGACUAUGUUGUUUCUGUAAUGUACCCACUCUAAAACUAUUGAACUUCACAGGUGGUAAAUGUUUAGUUUCUGGAUGAUGGAAUUUGGGGUUGAUAUUGCUUUUUUACUUUGAACGAUAUGCUAUAGGUUUUGUGAUGCCACAAUAUGUAGGAUGUUGGGAUUUCAACUAGGAGACUUAGCUCUCCGUUAAAGGUAUUUUACGUUCAAACGACUUAUAUAUAUGACAAAAACCCCAUGUGAAAUCACUGUUCCCUAUUUAAGUAUAUUCAAACAUUUAAGUCUUUUCUAACUUUUCACCAAAAAUCACCAUUUUUAGUGAUGUCUAGUGGAAGGUGCCAACACUGUAUUUAUAAUAAUUCUCUUUAAAGUCACCCUAUGACGGGUGUAAUUUAAGACCCAAAUAUUUGGUAUGUUGACAUUUCCACACUGGCUGUUGGUGUUAGCAUGUAACUUCACACACAGGGCUGUUCCUGACCAAUGGAAUCAUAUUAAUGGUAUUGUAUCUUAACGGUUAAAUCUGUAUGGAAUCACAUUAAAACAUCUCUCUGCAUAUUCA